UACAUAUCCAAAGCUUGUACAGCCUCACCAGCCAAAUCCGAGAGUGAGCUAGCUCCACGCCUCCAUAAGCGGGUUCAACGACUUCAAGAUGAUCUCGUCAGUCGUGAACUUCAGAUAAAGAAUUGGCAGAAUAAAGUAGCCAAGUUGGAAGAACAACUGGUGCUAGCCCGUAAAGGCGAGGCUGAGGCCAUCGAGAAACAGGCACUGGCUGAACAGCGUGCUAAUCGACUAAGAAAGGUCGAUAUGGAGACAAGCAAGUUGAAGGAUGAAACUUUACAGCUGAAGCUUCAACUGAAGGAUAACAAAGAUGUCAAGGAACGCUUACAAGAAAGAACCCAACGGGCAUUACAGCUUGAAGAAUCUGUGAGAAACCUUGAGGAAUUAAGGCUCAGACAAGCGAAUCGAAUUGGCGAAUUGAUCACAAGCCUGGAGUCGGAGAAGGCAGUAACGACGAGAAAGCUUGCGCAACAUGAAGAGGAACGCACAAGAUUCAACACGGAAUUGCAAGAGAUCAACCAAAUGUUGGGUGAAUUAAGAAUGGAAUCUGAAGAACUUCGCAAUUUCCGGGAUAUUGUUGGUCGGCUUCUAGGAAUGCGUGUUGAGGAUUUGGACGAACCCAGCAAGGAAAUACUUCAUUGUGUUGAGCGGUUGUUGAAGGAAUCUGGACGCAGGUCUUUCCAUCGUAGUAUCACCAUCGUUCCUCGAUGCAUACCAUCAUCACGUCGUGUUACCAGAGGAUCCAGCGCUCGUAUGGGAUCAACUCAUGGUGAGUUCGCCCACCAAAAGUGUGAAACUAUUUAUGUUUCUUCCACAAAUUCAAUUUACGCCUCUGUGUUUCCCAAUUCUGUCUUGCCUUCCAGUUCUAAGUAA